AGUUCUUUCUCUACUCACAGAUCAAAGCUUCCUUUUUUUACUUAAAUUAAGUGAUAUUACAUUUAAGAUAGCCAAGAAUAUGGACUGGAUUUCCUCUGAGACUUCUUUGAGUACUCGCGAUGGCGUUUCUAGCCAGAUUGGAUUGCUGUGGCAGCAAGUUAGAGCUCCAUUGCUUGUGCCAUUUCUCAGAAUUAUGGUUGUCUUGUGCUUGGUCAUGUCUUUGAUGUUAUUUUUGGAGAGAGUUUAUAUGGGAAUUGUCAUAGCUUUUAUCAAGGUGCUGAGGCGAAAACCGGAAAAGAAAUACAAAUGGGAGCCAGUAAAAGAUGAUUUGGAGCUAGCAAAUUAUUCUUAUCCUAUGGUAUUAGUGCAAAUACCAAUGUACAAUGAAAGAGAGGUAUAUCAGUUGUCUAUUGGAGCUGCUUGUAACCUUUCAUGGCCAGCUGAUAGAAUCCUUAUUCAAGUUCUUGAUGAUUCAACUGAUCCUACUAUUAAGGCUAUGGUGGAACAAGAGUGCAGGAGAUGGGCAGGAAAAGGAGUGAACAUAAAGUAUGAGAUAAGAGACAACAGGAAAGGGUACAAAGCUGGGGCACUGAAGGAAGGAAUGAAGCACAAUUAUGUGAAGAUGUGUGACUAUGUAGCCAUAUUUGAUGCUGAUUUUCAGCCUGACUCUGAUUUCUUGAUGCGAACUAUCCCUUUUCUUGUACACAAUCCUGAAGUUGGACUCGUUCAAGCUCGUUGGAAAUUCGGUAUAUGCCUUCCCUUUAACACGCCGCCCCUCACGUUGGUUGUUACUAAGUAUGUAAUUCAAAAAGGAGUUCAAAUUGAGAAGUAUAUUAAUGAAACUAGUAGCGUGAGGGUGAAAAAUGAAUUGCCAAGUACAUUCAAGGCGUACCGUUAUCAGCAGCACAGAUGGUCAUGUGGACCUGCUAAUCUUUUCAGGAAAAUGGCUGUGGAAAUUGCUGCAAACAAGAAAGUCUCUUUGUGGAAGAAGUGUUAUCUGAUCUACAGCUUCUUCUUUGUUAGAAAAAUCGUCGCGCAUAUUGUUACAUUCAUCUUUUAUUGUGUUGUUAUGCCUGCAACUGUUUUGAUCCCUGAAGUUCAAGUUCCUAUUUGGGGAGCUGUCUAUAUUCCCUCCACUAUCACUCUCCUCAACGCCGUCGGCACGCCAAGAUCGCUGCAUUUAUUGGUUUUUUGGAUCCUAUUUGAGAAUGUAAUGUCCCUUCAUCGGACGAGAGCAACGUUCAUCGGUCUGUUUGAGGUGGGAAGAGUCAACGAAUGGGUCGUGACCGAGAAAUUGGGAGAUGCCCUGAAGACUAAAAUGAGCUCAAAAGCUUCUAAGAAAGAUCGUUUUCGAAUUGGAGAAAGGUACAAGCUACAUUUCAUGGAGAUUUUCGUCGGGUUGUACCUUUUGUUUUGUGGGUGGUACGAUUACUCAUUCGGAAAGAAUAGAUUCUACAUAUACCUCUUCCUCCAAAGCAUGGCCUUCUUUGCGGCUGGAUUUGGCUAUAUUGGAGUGUUUGUUCCAAAUUCUUAGCUGAUUUUUGAAAAUAUUUUUGGAGCAAUGUUUGAUUCAAGUACUAAUCUUUAUUUAAAAUUUAUGAAUAAUAGUUUGUAAUUCUUUUACAAUGUGAAUAAGCAGCUAAGACAUGUAUGCUGCCUAUCACUAUUGUAGUUAUUUAUUUCAUGUAUUGGUCAAAAGAGUUGAGGUAUAAGUAGUGAAAUGGCAAAGGAGUCAUGGGUUGCCCAAAACAUAUAUUGUAAGCAUCUUUAAUUUGUACUUUUGUAGUAUACAUACUGGAAUUUUUUUGG